AUGGAGUCCACUGACACCACCCCUAGACUCAAGGCUGCCAUUCUGAUCGUCUCCGAUACGGCCUCGCAGGACCCCGCUUCGGACAAAACGGCCAAUGCCCUUGCCCCCAUCCUCGCCGCGGAGGGAAAGUGGGAAACCCCCGCCAUCAAGAUCGUGCCGGACAACGUGUUCCAGAUCCAACAAGCCGUGUGUGAUUGGACAGAUGGUCCCAAUUGGUACAAUCUGGUCCUGCUCAGCGGCGGGACAGGCUUUGCGGUUCGAGAUAACACACCCGAGGCAGUUUCUCCCCUGAUCCAUCGCCAUGCUCCGGGCUUAGUCCAUGGGAUGAUCGCCGCUUCGCUGAAAGUAACGCCAUUUGCGAUGAUGGCUCGUCCAGUUGCCGGUGUUCGUGAUAAGACUUUGAUCAUUACAUUGCCCGGAUCCCCGAAAGGAGCCAUGGAGAAUCUCGAUGCCGUUGUGAAGCUGUUACCGCAUGCCUGCUUGCAGACUGCUGGCGGGAGCUCUCGAACCAUGCAUGCCGGUGGCGUGAAGCAAUUGGAGGCUGAAGCAGGUGUUUCUUCAGCCUCCGAGCAACGGCAGCACGAUCACCACCACGAUCACCAUCACCACCACGGUCAUGGCCAUGGCCAUGGACAUGUAGUCCCCAAAGCACACACCUCCUCAGCAGACCGACCCCAGUCCAAUGACCCAUCCGCUGGUCCUAACCGGCGCUAUCGCUCCUCACCGUACCCAAUGCUCUCCGUAGAGGAAGCCCUUCUUCAGAUCAGCGAGCAUACCCCCGAGCCCACCGUCAUUGAAGCCCCCGUGAACCCCUCUGUCGUGGGUUCAAUCGUUGCCGAAGACGUCUACGCCGCCGAGGCAGUACCAGCGUACAAGGCCAGCAUCGUUGAUGGCUACGCUGUUAUUGCAACAGAUUCCCCCACCGGACCUAGUACGAAAGGCAUUUUCCCCGUAGCAUCAGUCACCCACGCCAACGUCGGUGGAGCGCUACAGCCUCUCCAGCCAGGUACAAUCGCUAGAAUUACCACCGGGGCUCCCCUCCCUCCCAACGCGAAUGCCGUAGUCAUGGUCGAAGACACCGUCCUGGCCUCAUCCACACCGGACGGUACUGAAGAAGCCACUAUCGAAAUCUUGACCGGCGAUAUCAAACCUGGCGAGAACGUCCGCGAGCCUGGUAGCGACGUUACUCUAGGCUCCAAAAUCCUUUCUCGGGGUGACGUGAUUUCUCCCGUUGGCGGCGAGAUUGGCCUCUUGGCUGCCUCGGGUAUUCGAACGGUCAAGGUGUUCAAGAAGCCUCGAGUAGGCGUCCUGAGCACUGGAGACGAAUUGGUGGAGCAUGACGAUCCCCGGACCCUCACUGGUGGACAGAUCCGCGACUCCAACCGUCCGUCCCUCCUGUCCUGUCUCCAAGCCUGGGGCUUCCCCACCGUCGAUCUCGGUAUUGCACGCGACACUCCUGCUGGUGAGAUCGAACAUGCCUUACGCGACUCCCUGCGUGGUGUUGGCCGUGCCUCAUCCAGCGUCGACGUCAUCGUCACUACAGGUGGUGUGUCAAUGGGCGAGCUAGAUCUUCUUAAGCCUACCAUUGAGCGAUCACUUGGUGGCACCAUUCACUUCGGCCGCGUAUCGAUGAAACCCGGCAAGCCGACCACCUUCGCUACGAUUCCAUUCAAAGAAGCUGCGACGAGCGCUACAGAGGGGACCCAGCAAGAACGCACGUCGAAGCUAAUCUUCUCCCUCCCUGGAAACCCAGCCUCUGCCUUGGUGACCCUGAAUCUAUUUGUUUUGCCCUCGCUGCACAAGCUGUCUGGCCUUGGGGAGAGCUCACAGGCGCUGGCUACGAAGCCCUGGAUGGCACCCCAACUUGGCCUUCCUCGUGUGGCGGUCGUCUUGACACACCACUUCCCUCUGGAUCCCAAGCGCACCGAAUAUCACCGCGCGGUUGUCACUGCCUCGCGCUCCGACGGCCGAUUGUAUGCCACCAGCACCGGUGUCGGUGGCACUGGUCAGCGAAGCUCGAGGGUUGGUAGCCUCGCAUCGGCCAACGCUCUAGUUGUUCUGCGUCCCGGCCGCGGUGUUGGUAUCAAGGGGGAGAUUGUGGAGGCACUGAUGAUGGGACCUGUUUACGGUUGCGAUACCCGCCUCAUUUGCUAA